UAGUCGGACUCACCGAUGGCUGGGUUAAUUAUCCGCGGUCGCUCGGAGUGCUGCUAUUUCUGGGUUUUGUUGUUCUCGUGUAGACGCAGAGAUUUUUUGGGGGGUGGUUGAAUGGUGAGGGGUGACAAUGCCCCGUACUCAACGUCUUCGUUUGGACAACGUGGUCACGUCGAUGGCGGAAUUGGGCCCCACAAUUCCCGAUGGCGGUUAUUCCUGGCUCGUGUUUCUCGGUAUUAUCAUGAUUCAGAUCACGGUUCCUAGUGUCCUGUCGAUGUAUGGCGUCGUCUUGAGUUAUUUGCACAGCGAUUCGGAACCAGAUAUCUAUCUUUGGAAGGGGAGCGUCACCCUCACGCCGAUACUGUUUAUCGCUUUCUGGAGUUUAGCCGAUCCAUGGAGCCGUACGAUUGUAAACCUUGCCACAGUACCACGCUUCGUAGGGCUGACAGGAGUAGCUCUGCUUGCGAUCGGCAUCCUAGCAUCGGGAUACCUCGAGACAGGAGGAGUCGGAGCUUAUCUUGCGCGGUUGAGUGCCGGCGCUGUUAUGGGGAUAGGCGCAAGCACGGUGCUGUUGCAGAGCGAGAAUCUUCUACGAAGACAUUUUCGGACGAGAUUAGUUCUAGUAUUGACGUUGAAGCGAAUAUCGUUUUCUCUUGGCAUCGCGAUGAUGCCUGGAUACGCCUACAUGCUGUUGCAAAACACCGGGCUUCAAACGGGCCUCCUGCUUCUCUCCACGGCACUUUUACCCGGCAUCCUUGGUGCUUGUGCCUUCGACGCCCCCGUACUCCAGAGAACAACGCCGUACCGUCUGCUCAUCUCCGAAGAGGACAACGAAUUGAGCAUUCGAGAAACCCCCGAAGAGACACUGAGCUUUCCGAAUCUGGAGGAAGAAUUCAGAAAUGAAACAGAAGAGAAUGAUGGGACAACCACCGGAGAACCAAUCCCAACACCUCUUUUCAGUGAAGGGAGUAAUUCGUACUCUUACGACGAGCCGGAGGAUGAUAUAAAUCUAUUCGUCACCCCUAGUGGUUCUUCCACGACCACCUGGCUCGAAGAAUUUCGAACACUGCGACUCAUCAAGUUCUGGAGUGCCGUUGUUACUUGGUUUUCCAUCAAGGGCUGCGCGUUUUCCCUCCUCGUGCUUUCUCCGUCUAUGGCCAUGACCCAAGGCCAGGGGUUCACCACCCUCGGUCAGUCCGUCACGUUGACUACCGUCAUCGGUCUAGGGACGUUUCUACCUGGUGCAGCUUCUAUUUGGAGUCCCAAGACUGCGCGAUGGCGAAGCGUUUAUUUUGGAACCAUGUGCUGGCUUGGAAGCGCUGCGCUCUGGGGAAUCGUUUCCAGCAGUAAGCAUGUAUGGUUUUUACUUUGGGCUUUCGUUGGAGGAGUGAGUAUAGGCGGUUGUUCUGUUGCGGAGGAAAGUGCACUCCGUGAUCUACUCGGAGCAAAAGGUGCCAAUAGAGCACUCAGAGGACUCAGUAUGAUUGUGGGACUGGCUUUGCUGUUUCUAAUAUUUAUCGAGGAUUUCUCAACCUGCCUACGAAUUGUGUCGAUAGCUGAACUCGUGGGAGGUGGGUACUGGAUUCUUACGCCAUGCUUUGGUGCGUUGCGGGCACGAUGGCCAAAGCGGUGAUAUCGAUUUAAAAAUAAGCUAAUUGUAUGUGUGGACAUAAAUUUGUAUACCCAUUAGUUUUUAAGAAUCAGUCUAAUUGUAAGUCGAACUAUGUGUAAUUUUUAAUUUGAAUAGUUUAUAUUUUUCAAUACAA